GCCGCCCAGAGAAUUAAGGAGUAUCAUAUCACCCCCGACAACUUCCGUCGGUCUCGUCUGAGAUACCGUUGGUCUCUCCUCUGCUCUUUGUAAAUGUAUAGGAAGCUAUCUUUGUUUCACAGAGCAAUUUAUGCUCGCAGUGAAUGUCGUCCCUCUGCCUCCAAAACACUCCUGAGGCAUCUCACCACGGCUGUCGAAAGGUCAGUUAAUUUUUCAAACCCUAACGAAUAUCAAGUCCAUGAUUCGUCCGGCGACAUAAACCCUAGAUCAGGUUUUAACAACGGAAACGAAGUUAGUGAAAUUCGGACACAGAGUCAGAGCUGGGGUUCUUCUUAUUCUCAAGGAAACUUCAGUUCCAACAGCGCUUGGAACAGUAAUCCAAUUUAUCCGACAAACUCUGGUCACAGAAAUGGUUGGCAUUCAGGUAACAACGAGAUCGAAGAAAGGCUUGGAGAGUUUGAUUCACGUUGCGAACAGUAUUUUCUCAAAAUGGCUCUGGAAUCUAUGGAAUCGUUGGAGAGUAUGGGUCAUGUCUUAGACUUAGCUAGGCUCUUACGUUUAGCUCAUCUAUGCGGAGACGAACAUCCUUCUCUAGAACCCAACGCUUUGCGAGAAGCCAAGGUCUCUCUUCACGGGAAGAUCAGAGCUUCGGUGUACCGUUCGGAUGCAAACCACCUGAGGUAUUACACCGACCUUGUGAUGGAGGAGUUCGACGCGUUCUGCAGACAAGGAAACGUCAAAAGAGCUAUGCAUACGAUGGAAACGUUGGCUAGUUUGAGUCACGUUGUGGAUUUAGAUAGGCUUUUACGAUUAGCUAAGCUCUGCGGGGAAGUAGAGGCUUCCCAAGAAGCCAAGUUUCUUCACGGGAAGAUUAGCUCCUUAGGUUUCGGUUUAGACGCGAGCUCAUAUCACGUGUUGAUCGAAAUGUACUCCAGCUGUGGGCUGAUGAAUGAAGCCUCGAGUGUUUUCGAGGAGAUCCCUGAGAAGGAUCUCGAGACUUGGUGCGUUAUGAUCAGAUCUUUGGCGAAGAAUGGUCUAGGAGAAGACGCUAUUGAUAUGUUCACUCGUUUCAAAACCCAAGGAUACAAACCGGACGGUCGGCUGUUCAGAGGAGUGUUCUACGCUUGCGGGUUGCUAGGCGAUGUUGAUGAAGGGUUGUUGCAUUUUGUGUCUAUGUCCAGAGACUACGGCAUCGUCCCUACCGUGGAGGACUAUGUAAGCGUCGUUGAGAUGCUGGCCUUACCAGGGUUAUUAGACGAGGCUUUGGCAUUUGUUGAGAGGAUGCCCUUGGAGCCAAAUGUUGAUGUGUGGGAAACGUUGAUGAACCUUUCUCGAGUGCACGGGGAUGUAGAGCUUGGAGAUCGGUGUGCUGAGAUUGUCGAGGAGUUGGAUCCUACGAGAUUGAACCAACAGUCGAGGGACGGUUAUCUUCCGGUUAAGGCAUCGGAUGUUGAGAAAGCGAUCCUGAAGAAAAGAUCAGGGAUUCAUGGUCUUGCUCGAAUCGCAACUAGUAGAUCGCAUGAAUAUAGAGCAGGGGAUACCAAUCUGCCUGAGAACGAUGAGCUUUUACAGCUGCUGAGAAACUUAAGGACGCAUAUGCUGGAGAGGGGGUAUGUCUGCCAAACUAAACUUUCUUUGCACGAUGUAGACGAAGAGAGCAAAGAGAAUGCACUUCUUGCUCAUAGCGAGAGAAUAGCUUUUGCUCGUGCUCUUCUCAACACUGCGCCUCGUCAUCAGUUCACGAUCAUGAAAAACCUUCGUGUGUGUAUUGAUUGUCAUAACGCCUUCAAGAUUAUGGCGGAUAUAGUCGGUAGGACAGUGAUCAUGCGAGAUGCAAAGAGAUUCCACCAUCUCAAAGAUGGAACAUGCAGCUGCAAUGACUAUUGGUGAUUUAACGAAUAGCCUUGAGGUUUGUUCUAUGGUGUGUCUGUCUGCGUUGAAAAGCUUUUUCGCUCUCUUCUUUUUUCUUUAUCAAAUUCUUUAAAACACAUUUCCAUAAUGUCUUGCAUCAUAAGCAGCAACGUUCUAUCAUUACUGUUGUCAUAGAUCAAUCUCAGUUUCUGUUUGUGUUCAGGUUAUAUGAUCAGCAAUGUCUGGAUAAUAUUAUCGACAUGUUUCUGGCUUUUCGUGUUGUCACUUAGCCAUUUAAAAAAUGUAAGAGAGAUAUAUUCUUGGUUAUGUUAAUUCUUGGAAUGAUGUUUAGCUGUCAUAUUUAGACAGUCCAA